GUGAACGUUUCAGUAGGGGCGUGGCCGGCGGGGCUCUGCCUGACUGCGCGGCCGGACGCCGGCGCCAUGGAGGAAUACGCUCGGGAGCCUUGCCCCUGGCGGAUUGUGGAUGAUUGUGGAGGAGCCUUCACUAUGGGCGUCAUCGGCGGAGGAGUGUUCCAGGCCAUCAAGGGCUUCCGCAACGCCCCUGUUGGAAUUCGACACCGAUUGAGAGGCAGUGUCAAUGCUGUGAGGAUCCGAGCCCCCCAGAUUGGAGGUAGCUUUGCGGUAUGGGGGGGGCUGUUCUCCACCAUCGACUGUGGCCUGGUGCGGUUGCGGGGCAAGGAAGACCCCUGGAACUCCAUCACCAGCGGAGCCUUGACUGGGGCUGUGCUGGCCGCCCGCAGUGGCCCACUGGCCAUGGUAGGCUCAGCAAUGAUGGGGGGCAUCCUGUUGGCCCUCAUCGAGGGUGUCGGCAUCCUCCUCACUCGCUACACUGCCCAGCAGUUCCGCAAUGCACCCCCGUUCCUGGAGGACCCCAGCCAGCUGCCCCCUAAGGAGGGGGCACCAGCCUCGGGCUACCCCGGCUAUCAGCAGUACCACUGAAGAAGUGAUGUCUGUGACGCCGUGGGAGCCCCCCCAUGACCUACCUCCACGGGAGGGCUGGCUCCUGGCCGGUGCUGGGCCUUCCAGAGAGAGCCUCUACUCUGCCCUUGUCCUGGGGCAGGGCUGCGGCACCCCAGCUGCCGACAGAUGGCUUUCCUUCUCUCUCAGGGCACCCGGCCCCACGCUCACAUGUAACAAGCUCUGCCCAGCCCCUUGCAGUGGCGCCCUGAUGAGCAUUUAAAGCCGGUUUUGAAAGGCCUGUGUAUGUACUCCUUGAGCCACUGUCCGCGGAGCCCACCCCCGCAGGAGAAGGCAGAGUCCUCUCCAGAGAGCCCUAAGCCCUGGGCCCGGGAGUCCCACACAGAGUGGACUUGAGUAAGCGUUUAUGGGAUGAGAGACAGGAGAGGAAAAUGGAGCCAGUUGUGAACAGUAUGUGACCGAGGGUGUGGGGUGUCGAGCGAUGAGUCCCAAGUAGAGGGGCGGGUUUGGGAAAGAAGGAAGCAAACAAGGAUGCUGGAGGGGAGGACACGAUUCCGCACGGAGGACCCCUGGCCCCCAUUUGCGCACACCAGCAGCCCUGACCCCACGGCCAAGGUGUGAGGAUGUGACCUCACAGUCUUUAUGGACCCCACCUGUGAAGGUCAUCCCCUGCACGUGACCUCAUGGUGGGCCUGGGGUGGGAGUAGGGUCAGGCCUGGCCUCCUCACAUGACAUGGUCUCCUGCACACACGCAUACUUCUGCGUGGUGGUGUGGGCGUUCUUUAAAAGGGCAACCACAAAUGAGUUUUCAUUUGCGGUUGGGGGAGUUAGGAGAAAGAGGUUUUCCUGGGUGCUCUUGGGCUCUAAACAUCAUGUGGGUUCCUUCCUGCAAGCCUCCACCCCACAUAGGUAGGCAAACAUUUUCUCCACCCAGGGUACAGAUGUCAAAGGGCAGCACAAAUAACUCCUGAGAAGUCAGUCCUUCCUUCUGCACAAAAUUUUCCAGAGAAAAUGACCUCAUUGUAAGGGGGGAAAAAAGCUUCCCCUUGUGCAAGUCAUUGCAAAGAGGUGACGUGCCCUCUUCUGCCAAAUCACGCCCGGACAGCAAGUGUAGUCCCUGGGCCUGCAGAGGCCCCAACCCUGCCCCGCUCCCUCCCCCGGUGC